AUGUCAUUUCAACAAACUAGAAAUUCUGAUUUUACGGAUUUUGCUUUAAUAUCAUUGAAUGGCACAUACAAUUCAAAUUUUAGUAAAUGCUUAGAUUGUGCACGUGAACAAAGCAGCGCUGAAUGGUGCAAAAUUUGUGAAAUCAAUGCCUUCAAAGAAAAUUAUAAAAAUUGGAAAAUUGAUAAUAUUUUUAUUAAAAAUUUCAUUAAACAUAACCAAUUAAAUGCAACUAAAAGUGCAGAUUAUUUGGAAUAUAUUGAUAUUAAACAAUUUGACCUUGUUGAAAAUACAAAUAAAGGCGGUUCCUUUAGUACAAUAUUUUCAGCAGUUUGGAUGGAAGGUCCACGAUGGAUUUGGGACAAAGAAGUGGAGCAGUUGACACGCAAUGGACCCAUAAAUGUUUCCCUUAAAAGACUUAACAAUCCACAAAAUAUUAGUAAAGAAUAUUUGAAUCAAGUUACUUAUGAAUACCACCGGGUAUUACAUUUUGGGAAUGUUGCCGAUUUUUUUGGAAUAACCAAAGAUUUUACUUCGAACUAUAUGUUUGUUUUGAAAGAUAAUGAUAAUGAAGACUUAUAUUCAUAUCCCAUUCAUAAAAAUGGAUUGAUUCAUGGCAAUAUUCAUGGAGGUAACUUGUUAAUUGAAAAUGAAUCAGGUUCUGAAUAUAUGCGUAUCGUUGACGUGGAAUUAAAUGGUCCAGUAAAUAAGAAAAAAUCAAAUGAAAUAUAUGGUGUUCUUCCUUACGCGGAUCCUGAAAUCUUAAAAGGAAAUAUACCAACAAAGGCUGCAGAUAUUUAUAGCUUUGGAAUUAUCAUGUGGACGCUUUCUGUAGGUAUUCGGCCAUGGGGUAAUAGACCACAUGAUCUUAGUUUAGCUACUGAAAUUUGUUCUGGUUUUCGCCCUGAAAUAAUUGAUGGAACUCCUUAUGCUUACGUUCAAUUGAUGACACAAUGCUGGAAUCCCGAUCCUUUAAAACGCCCAACCGCAUCCAAAUUAUAUAAUUUGUUUGGAAGAUGGGUAAAUCUCAUUUGUGAUGAUCCGAUUCCGUCUGCACUAUUUGAUCAAUUUAAUAUUGCUGACGAGAAAAAAUUUUUGGAUUUAGAACAAAAUCAAUAUUACCAACAGGAUAUCCAUCCUCAAGCUAUCUACUACACAAGGACGAUUAUUGAUUUUUCAGUAGUAGAAAAAAAAAUAACUAUACCGGUUUUUACUACUCGCCCAGAUACUAUUUUUGGAGUGGUAGCGAUUGCUUUAUCAAUUAACCACUCCUUAAUUUCAGAAAUUGUUUUACCGGAAUAUCAAAAAAAAGUGAAUGAUUUUUGCGAAUACUGGAAAGAUAAAAAAGAAAAUAAAGAAGUUGUUGGUGAGUUUACCGGUAGUUAUUGUCUAAAUCCAUUAAAUAACGAAAAAAUACCGGUUUGGAUAACUAAUUUUAUUAAUAAAGAAGUUUUAGAACCAGAAAAAAUAUUUAGCGAGCAAGAAAAAAAACAAAACAAAGAAAUUGAUUUCACCUUUGCUAAAAAAUAUGAGUUAUUGAGUGUAGGAGUUAUAGGUUUAUAUCAAAAAGAUUACCGAGGGGAAAGAAAUAAUUGGUAUUAUCAUGAGACUUAUCUUUGCUUGAACUGUCGACGCCCUAAGAAAAUGGGUUGGGCUGAUUACGGAACUGAAAUUAUUAACCAAGAAUUAGAAAAAAAAGGAGCAGAAAACCACCAAAAAGAACUUUUAUCUGAAAAAGAAUUACCUUUAAUUCUCCCUACUUUAACUGAUUUUGCCCCACCCUCAUUAUUAUUCUCCUUUGCAAAAAGUCGAAAAUUAUAUUAA